UCGCGCUUGGGUCCGAUCAAUACUUCAUGAGUUUCGUCCGGCUGGGAAACACAUUGUGGCUUGUGCGUUCGCGUACGAGUACACGCACACGAGUUUCGACUUUUCAAAUAUGCCAAAUAAAUAGAAUUGUACUGAAAGAAUAAUUGUCGAAAUGGCGACUAGUGAUCGAAUAGUUCCUCUUGUUCUUCCCGAUGGGGCGUGAUGAGCGUCGAGUGCUUUUCAAUAGGCAAUAUGCGUUCCCUUGGUGAGUGAUUAGAAAUAUCCAGAUAAACCGAAAGAGUUAUUCUUUUUAAAGAUACUCCAAGAUUUAUCAUAUUUUCGGAUCGUCGCUAUCGUUUCGUCGAUCGAUUAACAAAGAUGAAGAGACAGAACGUAAGGACUCUGUCCCUGGUAGUGUGUACAUUUAUUUACCUUUUGAUCGGUGCUGCGGUGUUCGACGCACUAGAAUCGGAUACUGAAAGAAAACGCCGAGAAUUUCUAUCGGAUAUACGUCGUAACAUGAUGAGAAAGUACAACAUCACCGAGGAGGAUUAUCGUAUGGUGGAGAUUGUAAUAAUCGAAAAUAAGCCUCACAAAGCGGGUCCUCAAUGGAAAUUCGCUGGUGCCUUCUACUUUGCUACGGUUGUUCUCGCUAUGAUUGGCUAUGGACACUCCACUCCCGUCACUAUAGGCGGCAAGGCCUUUUGCAUGGCGUACGCUAUGGUGGGCAUUCCUCUUGGCCUGGUAAUGUUUCAGAGCAUUGGCGAACGUCUCAACAAAUUUGCCUCCGUCGUUAUCAAACGAGCAAAGAUUUACAUGAGAUGUCAAAAGGUCGACGCUACGGAGAUGAACCUAAUGUUGGCGACUGGAUUGUUAUCCAGUAUAAUUAUUACCACCGGCGCUGCAGUAUUUUCACGUUACGAGGGUUGGAGCUAUUUCGAUAGCUUCUAUUAUUGUUUCGUGACGUUAACCACCAUAGGUUUUGGAGAUUACGUUGCUCUGCAGAACGAUCAAGCGCUUUCAAACAAGCCAGGAUACGUCGCCUUAAGUCUCGUCUUCAUAUUAUUCGGUCUGGCAGUGGUUGCCGCCAGCAUAAAUCUCCUCGUUCUUCGUUUCAUGACAAUGAAUACCGGCGAUACCCGUCGCGAAGACAACGAAUUUCAAUUGGCGUCCGAUCACGUCUUGAACUUGGACGACGAGGUAGUUGCUGUGAACGGGAAACUUUUGUCCAGUCACGUGCCAAUAGUUCACGAUACGGACGACUGCGUCAGCGUUUGCUCCUGCACGUGUCUUGGACCGGCCAAUUCCGAAUUGUUGGAUUCUACGGGAUAUCAAGGUUACAGGCCACCUUCGACCACGGCGAGCUUUCGCGUUAAGCGCGCAUCCGUCUGAUGGAAGGAGUUUCGUCGUCGUAGUCUACGUCGUCGACUUUCCAAGGCCGACAGCAGGGAACUCCUCGGUAUCGAUGUUUGAAAGCGAAGGAAGAAUCGACGAGAUAAAGAUAAACAACUAAUAAAAUAAGCAACGAGUAUAGAACACUGCCAAAGGACAGAUAUAUUCAACGAUAAUCUCGGGAGAGGGUGAUCCGAAAUAAAGGAAUCGUAAGACUCGUUAGAUAAAGGAAAUCCUUUAUGCGCCCUAUUUAAAAAAUAAAUAUCGUUGUAUAGUUAUACAGAGAAGCGCCAGAUUCGGCUUACUUCGUGAACUUUCUUGAGUGAACCAAUGCGUAACGUGUUGGUAAUGUAAUAUUCGACGUCUAUUAACGUUCAAUGAUAAUAGAGUUAUCUGUUUCACGUGUACGAUUCUAUUUAAUGAAUGUUACGUGUACAUUACCGGACCGGAGAUCGUAUUUUUUCUAUGUGAUUUGUAAUUAAACACUAUAAUAAAUUUAAGUAUUACAGUAAGACUGAGGAACGAUACGAAAUUGUUAAAUCGAAAGGAAAACAAAGCUAAAAAUUGGUGGCUGUUAAUAGCAUGCGAGGGAUUUCCAUUCUCUAUAGGAUACUUUCUAACUGUUCGUAGCAACGUAAGCUACGUUGUCUAAAACGUCUACGUAAACAAUUAUUAGAGUUUAUAUCGUUCUGAUAUGAUCUAUCGCGUAUACAUUAUAGAACGGUUAAUGUUUAAAAAAUAUCUCGUUUAGAUUACGAAGAUUCGUGAAGGCAUGCACUUACAAAUGUACUUAUGCUAUGCGCGUGUAUACGUAUUUGUAUAAAAUAUUAAUGAAAUCGAUCGUAUUAUAGCGAUAUUAAUAGAGCACGCGAUUAGGAAAAGAAUACUUCUUCCUCUGUAAAAUGGUCUUGGUUUUGAGUUUUUACGACUAUUCAUUGCCGAGAUAUCGCUUUCGAAAGAUUCCCCCCAUUCAUAAUUCAUUAAUUCAUUCAUAAUUCAUAAUGCACGAUGUAGCGGUAGUAGUACCGUAAAAGACCGUUUAUGUUGACAGCUGACUCUUGUAAUAUCGCGCGUAAAUUCCAAGAAUUUAUCUAGGUCACUGGGCCGACAUGUCCAUUUUAGCCCGAGAUUAUAUAGGCCAAUGAUGAAUCGGAGUAAGCACCUUUUAAAUGGGGAAUAUCUUUUGGAACUAUAUCUCUAAGACUAAGACUCGUAGAGACAUCAAACGAAUACCGUUUUAAAGGGCAAUUUUUUUUUAUACACUAUUUUCUCGUCAUACUGUUAUUACGAACAAUUUCUUAUAAACAAUUUGUUAUUAACAAUUUUCAUAAGCAAUUUUUUUGUCUCUUUCUUUUGCUACAUCGUGAUAAUGAUCAUUGAACGAUACUUCGUUUGACGAUACGUUGAACGAUACGUUUGAAGUAAUUUUUCAUUAACAAUUUGCAUGAAAAAUUUGUUAUAUAAAUAAUUUAUUACAUAAAUAAUUUCGCAGAACAGAUCUUUUUUUCUUUUUCACUAUUUCCUUUGUAACAUAAGAUAACGAUGAUUUAACGAUGCGGUUAAAACGAUUUGCUAUUAACAAAAAGCCAUUUGUUAUAAAACAAUUUUCAUAAAAAAUUUGUCGAAGCGGAUCUUUUUCUAUUUCUUUUUCCGCGCUUG